UCAGCCCUCUCUCCGUGGUGCUGAAAGCAGAAUCGGCUCUGUCCAGGGUGCUGGAAGGCUCAUGGGGCCUGGACCUCAUCCGUGGACACCACUGGAGAAUUCAAAGUUUUGUGCUGUGUUCAGGUGCUUUGCUUUUGUAGUUUUGCUUUUUUUUUUUUUUUUUUUUGCGUGGAACAUCGUUGCUGAGGGGCGACAGUCCGCCUCCCUAGAUAUGUCAAGGCGGAGGGGGAGGGGAGGAUUGUAGUGUGAGUAAGGCAUAAAUGAGUUCAAAGCUAGAUGAAAAUGAGUCAAGACACAGAGACAAGAACACGAGCUCGUUCUAAAGCCAUCCGGGCAGAACAAGUUGGACAAGCAAUGAAGCUGGAAAUGAGCAGCAGCUGUCCCACCCCUGGAUGUGAUGGCAAAGGUCACGUCAGUGGAAGAUAUUCGAGACACAGAAGUGCGUUGGGCUGCCCAAUUGUAAAGAAAAGGAAGCUCCAGGAGGCCGAAAUCGAAGAGAACCCGCUGUCGCCCAGGAAGAGGACCCAGCCCACCAAACAGGCCGACGAGGACAGUGACAUGGCAGAAGAGGAGGAGCAGAAUGAGGAAGACGGAGAGGAAAAAGAUGGCAUCAAAGACAAAAAGAAAAAAGAAACAAAGAGCGAGACGGGAAAAGUUGAACGUACCUCGGUGACCACAGACAGCCCAGAACAACCUUGCCCUUCACCUGAUGAUAAGAGCAGAAGUAUCGCCUCAGAGACCGAGAACAAAGUAGAGACAGAGAACUUUAGCGAGGAGGUAACAUGUAUGAUAAUCACAGAGGAAGAGGAGGUUCAGUCAGCAUCCGCGUGCCUCCCACCAGAGCUCCCAGCAGAAGAAACAACCGUCCCCUGUCAUGAAGAGACAAAAGACGAGGAAGAAGAUAAAGCAAAAACAGCAAACCUAGACGAGGAGGAGGAGGAGGAGGAGGAGGAGGAGGAAGUGGAAAGUCAGAGGAAUGUUGCAGAAGAGAUGGAGAUCAGAAGACAGGUGAUCAGGCAGGAAAAUUCUGAUCACCAGUACUCAAGUGGAGAUUACAAAAAUCAGGCCAAAGAGUCAAAACCGAUGGAGAAUAAUGAGACUGAAGAAGAGGAGGAGGAAGAGGAGGACGCAGAGGAGGAAGAGGAGGAGGAAGAGGAAGAGGAUGAAGAGGACGAAGACGACGGAGAAGUGAGACAAGUUGAGACAGUUUUCAUUCAGGAAUCUGAAGCGACUGUGUCACUCAGGGAAGAACAGUGCGACACCCUCAGGGCCGAGGAAGAAGCAGCAGAGGAGAAGCAGAGCAGCAAAGCCGGAGAAGUGGAGCAAGAAGAAGAAGAAGAAGACGAGGAGGAAGAAGAUGAAGACGACGAUGAAGAAGAAGGAAACUCAAGCAAGGCCUCUCCGAGCACCGUCAUCAUCGAAGUUCACGCAGAGGAGGAGGAACACGAGGAGGACGAGGAGGAAGAGGAAGAUGACGAGGAACUGGAAGAGGAAGAGGAAGAGGAGGAGGAGGAGGAGGACAGGGGAGAGGAACUGGAUCGCGUCUCCGAGGGAUCAGGCGUCACGGACGACUCUGAAAACUGGGACAUGACUCGAGGGAACCUGGGGUUGCUGGAGCAGGCCAUAGCUCUGAAGGCAGAGGAGGUCCAAGGCGGUCAGGAGAGCAGCAGUUCUGUUGACUACCAACCGAGCAACUCCUCCAUGAAGAACUCCGACGGUUCUGCUGGACUCCGCCGCUCCACCCACUGUAGCAAAGAAAAGAAGGAAGUAAAGUGUCCAACUCCAGGCUGUGACGGAACAGGCCACAUCACUGGGUUGUAUCCUCACCACCGCAGUCUUUCUGGAUGUCCACACAAAGACAGAAUACCUCCAGAGAUUUUGGCCAUGCACGAAAAUGUCUUGAAGUGUCCCACUCCCGGCUGCACCGGCCAAGGUCAUGUGAACAGUAACCGCAACACACACCGCAGCCUGUCCGGCUGCCCCAUAGCAGCAGCAGCUAAACUGAACAAGAGCCAGGACAAGCAGGUUCAUCUACAAGCUGCAGCCAGCGAGCCAACAUCAAACUCUGACAGAGUGCUAAGGCCAAUGUGUUUUGUGAAACAGCUGGAGAUCCCUCAGUAUGGCAGCUACCGGCCCAACACAGUGACAACCACGCCUAGAGCUAACCUUGCCAAGGAGCUGGAGAAAUACUCCAAGGUUUCUUUUGACUAUGCAAGCUUUGAUGUGCAAGUGUUUGGGAAGCGUAUGAUCGUUCCAAAGAUGCCCGACACCACUGACACAUCCACUAAAGUCUUCAAAUCUAAACCAUUUUCCAACGCACCCUCGCCAAGCCAUGGUACAUCAGGAGGUUUCGCCAAGAACACCCCAUCCUCCAGUGGAUGGGGUGCAGAGGACGCAGAGGCAGCCCAUAUGGCAGCAACGGCAAUCCUCAACCUGUCCACCCGUUGCUGGGAGAGACCGGAAACCUGCAGCACUAAACCCCUGGAGCCUUGCACCAAGGAGGUCGCGAUUGAGGUGGAUGAGAAUGGCACCUUAGACCUGAGCAUGAAAAAGACCAAGAGAGACGACAUACAGUCUGCAGAGGCUGCAUGUUCUUUGCCUUCCUCCUCUCAGCUUGUGGAUGCCACGUUGUCUCAGGACCAUCCUCAGUCAGAUUGGGAAGGUCCACUGGAUUUCACCAAACCCACUGAAGACAAGGAGGAAGACCAUGAAGAGAUGGAAUACACAGCUCCUUCAUAUACAUCAUCUGAUGAUGAGGAAGAGAACCAAGAAAACUCAGAGGACCGGAAAUACCCCGGUGAAGUCACUACCAGCAGUUUUAAAGUCAAGUUUCAGCCCAAAGACAACAAAAAAGAAGUUAUUGUAUGUCCGACACCAGGGUGUGAUGGCAGUGGGCAUAUCACUGGAAAUUAUGCAUCACAUCGAAGUCUGUCAGGCUGUCCUCUUGCUGAUAAAUCACUUCGGACCCUCAUGGCUGCCCACACAGCUGAACUGAAGUGUCCGACUCCAGGCUGUGAUGGAUCGGGUCACAUCACUGGAAACUAUGCGUCGCACAGGAGUUUGUCUGGAUGUCCACGGGCCAAGAAAGGAGGUGUCAAAUCAGCACCUUCCAGGGACGACAAGGAAGAAUCUGAGCUGCUGAGGUGUCCAGUUCCUGGCUGUGACAGUCUUGGACACAUCAGUGGAAAGUAUGCUACCCACCGUAGUGCCUAUGGCUGUCCCCUUGCAGCAAAGCGACAAAGGGAAGGUCUACUAAAUGGCACUCCUUUCUCUUGGAAGGCCUUUAAGACCGAAGGCCCGACCUGCCCGACACCAGGCUGUGACGGUUCUGGUCAUGCUAAUGGCAGUUUCUUGACACACCGCAGUCUCUCAGGUUGUCCGAGAGCUCCAGCCAGCAAGAAGAAAGUCAAGCUUCCUGGAGACGAAUAUAUAACAGCAAAAUUCAGAGCAAGUGACGUUCUGGAUAAUGAUGAAGAUAUCAAGCAGCUGAACAAGGACAUCAGUGACCUGAAUGAGUCCAACGCAGAGAUGGAGGCCGACAUGAUGAAUUUGCACACUCAGAUUUCUUCAAUGGAGAAGAACCUGAAGAACAUGGAGGAGGAAAAUAAACAGAUAGAGGAGAAGAAUGAAGCUCUGUUCUUGGAGCUAUCUGGUCUGAGUCAGGUAUUAAUUCGCAGCCUGGCCAACAUCCGCCUACCUACCAUGCAGGAACCAGUAUCCGAGCAGAACUUCGAUAAUUAUGUGGAGACUCUGACGUACAUGUUCACCAAUAAAGACUGCUACCAAAACCCCGACACCCGGGCCCUGCUGGAGUCCAUCAGCCAAGCGGUAAAAGGCAUAGAGCAUGUUGUUGGAUGACGUAUGAGCCAGAACAGACGACUGCAUGUCGAGUGUGUGUCACCGCGCUGGCAUCCAAAUGUUACUUUAAGUCAGGAAGACAAAGUGCAUAACCAGGAAAUGUGUGCAGAACAAAAUAAUAACAAAAAAGAGCAGAAAAUAGCCUGAGCUUAAGUGACUCUUAGUUAUUACCAUAUCCCAAGAAAUCUGAUAGUACUCUACAUUAGAAUAGUGUUGUUGCACCUCCAAUACCUAGUUUGUAGGUUUAUUUUGCUAUUGUUGUGUAACUAUUUGUGUCCUGUGCAAUUGUUAGUUGAAUAACUAACUACUUAUAUUUGCUGCAUUUAUAGCUAUUUAUUAUUAUUAUUAUUAUUAUUAUUAUUAUUAUUAUUAUUAUUAUUAUUAUUAUUAUUAUUAUUAUUAUUAUUAUUAUUUAUCUGCUUUUUAAGUUAUUCCAAAAAUCCAAAUUUAAAAUAUUCCAACACAAUAAGAGACAAAUGGUCGUUUCCUUCAUGGCUGAACAAAGAGGAAAUAUUUUAAGAUAUCAACUAUGAAUUAUUUUCUAUAUCUUAUUGUUUAUUUAUGUACUGGGAUCUUUUUAUGUGCAAAAAUUUUGUAACUACAGGUUUUUAAAUAAUUUUGUAAAGAUUUUUGUGCUUCUGUACUUUUUGCCUUUUAUUUCCCCAAACUAUUUUGAAUACACUGCUAUACAGUACAGAAAAGGAGGCGGAGUUGUGCAUAUUUGGUAUUUAUUUGGUUUAUAAAAAAAAAAAGAAGUGAUGGUGAAUAUUUAUUUUUUAUUGUCUAUGUGCUAAUGAUGGUUGUAUAUUGAUUAGCCUUUACCUUCAUCUUGAAAUAAAAGUAAAGCUACCAUAAAUC